AUGGCUUCCAUUUCCAGUUCCUUGGAAACGCUCUUCAACAUCAACAACGUUCCUUAUGGAAUUAUUACAUCGAACGGAGAACAAAAGAAGAGAUGCGCAACUGUAUUAGGUGAUUUUGCAGUCGAUCUGGGCGUGCUACAUGCCGAGGGCAUAUUCCAUGGUGUGCCAGGACUGGACGGCAACCCUUUCAUGCGAGUAAGCUUGAUCACCCAAACCCUGACUGUGAUUUUGGCGGCAUUCAGGGCUCAACACACACUAAAACAGGAUUACCUAAAUGUUUUUGCAGCGCUACCCAAGGCCACCCACAAAGCUGUCAGAGAGAGGUUGAUCCAACAUCUUUCUCAGCUGGGGUUGGUAUCGACUUCAAAACUGCCAGCUGGAUUUAUGCCCUUGUCAGAAGUGAAAAAUCAUUUUCCCAUGGACACCCGAAAUUUCACAUAA